AUGCCCAAACUGACGAUCGUCGCCUUUGAUGGAACCGAGUUCGAUCUGGACGCGGAGGCCGGUUCGACGGUGAUGGAAAACGCGAUCAAGAACGCGGUUCCGGGCAUCGAAGCGGAAUGCGGCGGGGCCUGCGCCUGCGCGACCUGCCACGUCUAUGUCGAUGAGGCCUGGACCGAGAAGGUGGGCCAGCCCGAUGUCAUGGAAGAGGACAUGCUGGAUUUCGCGUUCGAAACUAAGCCGAAUUCCCGCCUGUCGUGCCAGAUCAAGAUGACGGACGAUUUCGACGGGCUGAUCGUCCGCGUUCCCGAACAGCAGGCCUGA